AUGGGAAGAAAAAAACGUAAAAAUAUAGAAUUAAAACCUUUUUGCUAUUAUUGUGAUAGGGAAUUUGACGAUGAAAAAAUUCUUAUUCAACAUCAAAAGGCAAAGCAUUUUAAAUGUUUACAGUGUAAUAGAAAAUUAGAUAUAGCUAAUGGUUUAGUUGUACAUAUGUUGCAAGUUCAUAAAACUAAUUUAAAAGUAGUACCUAAUGCAUUACCAAAAAGGAAUGAUCCUGAAAUUAUUAUAAGAGGAAUGAAUGGAGUACCUCCUGAAAUUAUUGAAGAAAAUUUAAAUAAGUUAAAGCAAAAACUAGGAGAUAAAAAUAUUAAAAGACAACAACGAGUUAAUUGGGCACAAGUUGCCAUGGCACCUACAAUGGAGCAAUUUUUGCAGCAAGCUCAAACAGGGAACUUUACAUUUCCAGGAUUUAAUUCACCUAUAUUACCACCGAGUAAUUUAUUAUCUAAUUCUACAGAUUUACAAAAAAAAAAUAUACCACCUGCACCUUUAUAUUUACCUAAUAAUAAUAUAAAUAUGAUGCAAACAUCAUUAAGUACCAAUAUAUAUUCUUCUAAUAAUCAACAAAACCCGGCAAUACCCAACAUUCCUCUUCACAUACCUUCAAAUAUACCUCCUAAUAAUAUAAAUCCAUCAGCUCCAACAGGGAUUCCGCCUAAUAUUCCUCCACCAAUCCCACCUAAUGUUUCUCAAAAAUAUUCACAAAAUAUGCAUUUAUCAGGAUCUUUUCUUUCACCAAAUUUGCCAACAAAUAUAUCCCAAACUCAUCCGAUGUGUGCGCCUCCAGGUAUAUCUCCACCUAUUCCUCCAUCCAUACCACCAACAAUGUCUCCGAUUAUGCCACCAUCUGUGCCUCUUACAAUUCCUCCUGCAGCUCCUCCUACAUCUCCUCCUACAUCUCCUCCUACAGCUCCUCCUACAUCUCCUCCUACAUCUCCUCCUACAGCUCCUCCUACAGCUCCUCCUACAAUGCCUCCUUCAGUUCCCCUUGCAAUGCCUCCCACAGUUCCACCAUCUAAUGAUACAUUAGCAACGACAACAAAUUUAUCUUCAAAUACAAAUAAUGGAAAGGGACUAAUAAUUUCUCCUGGUGUUAAUACAAACAAUAAUGUUAAUAAAGCUAAUGGAAUGCAACAUAAUGUGCCUUCUAAUGAAGGCAUGAAUCAUCAGAUAAUGAAUAAUAACAAUAGUAGUAUCAUAAAUAAUAUUCAAAUUUAUAAGCAAAAUUCAUCGGAAAUAUCUCCAAAUUAUAAUAACAAUACAAAUUUUCUUGGUAAUACUCAAAAAAGUGAAGCAAACAAUUCAGUAAAAGAAAUUAAUCGAAACUUAAAUAUUGAUCUAAAAAUAGAAGAAAAUAAUAAACUAAAUAAGGAAAAUGAACAGAAGUCAGAAGAUAAAGAAGAGGAAAAUAAAGAUUCAGAAUAUAUAUAUGAUAACUCCAUAUCAACAACUAUAAAAUUAUCUAUUCCUCCACCUAAUCCCCCACCAUUUCCUCCAACAGGAGAUUUAAAAUUAAAUUACAAUGAAACGGUAAUUUUUUUUUUUUUCUUCUUUUUUUAUAGUAUUUCUCUUAUAAAUGAACUUCCUAAAUAUGUUUUGAUCAAAUUAUUUUCCUCUUUUUUUUAUAUAUAG